AUGAGCAUACUUAUAGCAGACAACUUGAACAUUUACAUAUUCAACAAAKUCUGUUUARGCAAAGGAGGCUUCGAACUGCAGCGCUGUCUAUUUGAUUUCUAUUCGGAUUUAUUAUACCUAUUGGUAUUGACUUCGAAGAAUAUCAUGUGGGUCAGUCGGCUGCCCUCGCUGGCCGAUAAUAUACGGGAGAACAUUCAAAUGCCGGUGCCCGAGAAGUUUGUGGUGCAGCAGACGGCGCUGGUGACACGCAUGUUCCUGCCGCUCACCCUGAAGAUGGAGGUCAAGGAGGAGUACACCAAUGCGGAUCUGUUCAAGCGCGAGAAGGUGCUGCAGAUGAUACAGGACUUCUCGGCGAAGGUGACGGCGCUGAUUGACUACGACAUUUCCGUGACGGGCAAGACGCAGGGCAUUUUCAAGAAGUUCUGCUUCCACUACAAGUGGCUGGAYACCGUCACGGAGGAGGCGCACAAGCUGUGCGAGCUGGAGAGGGCCUCCUUGAUGCUCGCCAUCGAGGAUCAGUCGCGCAUCCGGGACUGGAUUYUGAAGCUGGUGACUCGCGACGCUGUCAACAUUAACUAUAAGGUCCGAUCGAUAUUCGCAGAUGCCAACUUUGAGAGCUUCUCUUUGCCGCGAAAAACGAACAUGGUGGAGUUUGAUAAAUAUCGUUUCUAUGACCUGGAGGAUCACAUACGACUCUCUGCCAUUUCCAUGGAUGAGAUCGAGGACGAGGUCAGCCAGAUAGAGCAAGGCUCCGGCGAAGAUACCGAGGGCGCCAAAGCGCCGGUGCACGAACUGAAGCCYUAUGUGGUGGARGGCCACAGCGUCUACGAGCACAUCAUGGCGCCGCAAUUUCGAUUGCAGGAUAUUCAAACGAUCACCUCGAAUCAGCUGUAUAAUGACAAUACCAAAUACCGCUAUUACCUGGUGGAUCCCAUGAAGGUGGAGUUCAACAAGCACUUCCACGAGGCACAGCAGCUGAAGAAGGAAACGAUUGACAACGUGCUGAACACGAAUAACGUGCUGAUCAAGAUCUACGACAAUAUGAACUGCAUGCUGAGGCUUUUGUACAUGGACGCGUUUAUUCCGCCGGAGCUGACCGUGCCGAAGCUGGCCAAGGACGAGAUCAUCAAGUGCAUCAUGGAGGUGGAUGACUGCGAGAUCAAGGCGAUCAAUCGGCGCAGAAAGAAGACCAUUGACAUGGGYGGCAAGCGGGGCCGGCUGCUGCUGUGGUCCGUGGAAUUCUGGGCCCGAGCUCUGAUCGUGAUGAUGGAUGGCGUCAUCGAGAAACUGUGGGAGGAGGAGAUCAAGAAGGAUAUACCGGUGCCAGAGUUCACGCUCAAGAAACAGCCGCACGAGUACACGCUGGAGGAUCAGAAGAUCUAUCGWGCCUACGAGGAGGCCGUCAAUCUGCUGCAGGAGGAUCGUCGCAAAUACCUGCGCAUUCUCAAUGAGAACGAAGCCAAAACGCUGCAGCUGAAGACGAAGCAAAUCCUCAAGCUGAACCARCGCAUCGCCGAGCUGAUGCUGGUCAAGCUCAAGUUCAACUUUGCCCAGAAGCAGUGCCGCACUCGCUUGCUCAACCAGUUGAAAAUCCACAGCACACGCGCGGAGCUGCGCCAACAAAUCAUCGGCCUCCGAGCGGACAUUGACAAGCUGACUGAGUACAUCAAGCGCUACACCAACUUGCAGGAGUUCUGGGAGCGGGCCACGCAGGAUGUGCGCGCACGCCUCGAGGCGCAGCAGACGCGAGAUCGCGCCCUGGAGCGACAAUUCCGCAGCAGUUACCUGAACACUGUGCCGCAUGCCGCCCACGAGAUGACCAAGCUCUUCAAGAAGCGGCCCAAGCUGUCCAACAAACUGUUCAACUCAUCGCUCAUCUGCAGUGAAGUGGCCCAGAAGCUGGGGCCCAAGCAGCCGAAUCGUAUGACAUUCCCGAUGCCCAAAGAGAUCUCCGACUUCCUAGCCUACAUCGCCGACAAUGAUGCGCCCAAGAACUGCCCCUCCUCGGUGGACGCCAAGGCCUGGGACGCCUUUGUGAAGCUGCGUCGCCAGAAGAUCGAAAGCGAGCUGCGCCUGAAGGGCCUCGGCCAUCAGGUGGUGGAUAGCCAGAACUAUAACAACAACCUCACCAAGGACAUCAUCGGCCUGAAGGAGACGAAGGCGCUCACCCAAAAGGAAAUGGAGGACACCAUACAGAGCUAUCUGGAGGCCUUGAGGAAUAUGCCGCUGCAGUUGACCUUGACGCUGGGCCAAGUGGAGGUGCAGGUGGGGGGCUCCGUUAAGUCGUUGGCGAACAGCGUGCUGAUGCACGUGGACGACAUCAAUGACGUGAAUCGCAUGAUAAGGGACGCUGGCAAUAAGAAGAUAAAGUCCAUGCAGCGCGUGGCGAUCUUCCGGCGUCAGGUGAUCUACAAGGAAUGGGAGCACAAGCUCUACAAGGCGAACAUAUCCUAUCUGAAGUACAUGCUGGAUGCCAUCGAGAAGUGCAAGAUAACCAUCGAGUUCCUCAACAUUCUGCGCAACUGGGAGAAGAUGAAGGCCGAUCGACAGAAAAUGAUGACAGCCGGCGCCAUCGAGCGYAUCAUAGAGCAGAAAAUCGCMAUAUUCCGAAAGCAGAUUGAUCGCGUCAAUAUCAAAAUCGAUGAGGUGAAGCAGAAGACUCUGGACAUGAAGCGACAAAAUCAUCUGAUUGACUCAAAAAUCGAUCGACUCAAAGUCGAUGUGGCUCUGCARUCCUCCAUGCGCGACACUAUGAUGGAAGAGCGUCGCGAUCGCGAGCAGAACGAACGGUAA